AUGACCCCUCCUGAGGUGCGAGUGCAGCGUGCGCGCGAGAAGGAGAUGGAGAAGAUGGACCGCGACAUGCGCACCAUCUUCGCUUACAACCUGGCGCUGCGCGCUGAGGAGCAGGACCUGUUUGGCUUCUUCGUGGCCGCCGGCCCGCUGAACGACAUCAAGAUCAUCCGGGACCGCGCCUCAGGGCGAUCCAAGGGCGUGGCCUAUGUGGAGUACCAGCGCAAGGAGGACGUGAUGGCGGCGCUGGCGCUGACGGGUCGCCCCCUGCUGGGCCAGGCAGUGAUGGUCAAGAUGAGCGAGGCGGAGAAGAACCUGGCCUGGGAGGCGGCGGAGGCCCAGAAGGCGCAGGCCAAGGACAUGGAGGCGCGCGCCUGGGUGCACUUCCGCCACCUCACCGACGCAACCCGUGCCAUGCAGAGCCUGGACCGCUUCACGCUGGUGGACCGUGAGAUCCGGGUGACGCUGGACGCAGCGGGUUUGCUGGGCGCAGCCGCCGUCGCAGGCACCCAGCCGCCGCAGCCGCCGCAGCCCUCGGCCGUCGGCGCGGCGCUGAACGAGCCGCUGGAUACGGCGGGCGCGGAGGAUGGGGGUGGGCUGCGGCUGACCAGCGCGGGGCGCACCGCGCUGAUGACCGCGCUGGCGGCCAACACGGGCAUGCAGGUGCCCAGCAUGCAGCUGCCGCUCAAGGUGCCUGCGCCCACUGCGCCCGCCAUUCCGGAGGCGGUGCGCCUGGACCAGGGCCUCCUGGGCCCCGCCUCGCCCAUCCCCACGCAGUGCGUGCUGCUGAAGAACAUGUUCGACCCGGAGGAGGAGAGCGAGCCGGGCUGGAGCGAGGACAUCGCCGCCGACGUGGGCGAGGAAUGUGCCAAGUUCGGCGAGCUGCAGCACCUCCACGUGGAUGCUGCCAGCAAGGGCUUCGUCUACCUCAAGUUCGUCGCCGUGCCGGCCGCCGCGGCCGCCGUCCAGGCCAUGAACGGGCGCUGGUUUGCGGGCAAGCAGGUCGCUGCCGUGUUCCAGUUUGCUGCCAUGUACAACGCCCAUUUUGGGCUGUGA